AGUUUCUUUAAAAGAAGAAAAUGAAUCUUGAUUUUCUUUUUGGUCGUGUGCGCAUCUAGUACAUUAGUAAUAAAGUCUUGGAUGGUACUAUUCAAUCUUACUUAGAUUUGCUUGGCCUUCAUUGGAUUUGAGCUGAUCAGAUUCAUAAUCCUUUCGUGUUAAUGAACCACUAGUUCAUCUUGUUUUCACUCAAUUUUUAUCUAUUUUUGCUUCUGUUUCAAUCCUUCCCUUCAUCAAAUUUCCAACAAUAUAUCGAGAUGGUGAGUCAAAGAAACUGGUCUUUUGGUCCUACAUUUUCUUAUGUGAUAACUGCUUGUGGGAGUGGAGGGUUUUAUAUGGAAGGAAUUCAAGUUCAUUGCAGGGUGAUUUCACUUGGGUUCGGAUUGACUUUGUUUAUUGGAAGCUCACUUAUGAAUCUUCAUCUGCAUAUGGGACGGUAACGUGGCCUUGAAGUUGUUUGAUCAAUUGCCUGACCGGCAUUUUAAUUUGAUAUCAUGGGAUUCAAUCAUUCCUGCAUAUUCCGAGAGUGAUGUGCUGUCUGAUGCUCUUGAAUUAGUUAAGAGGAUGCAUUUCUGCGGUAAAAAAAAAAAACCCUUUAAUUCAUUCUUUCUUGAGGUUCUUGAAUUUAUCCAGUAGAAGAGGGGGAUAUUUCCUUUGGCAGGCAAAGUCAGUCUUUUGUUACGAAAGUAGGGGGAUAUUCAGUCAGCGCUAAUUGAUAUGUACGCCAAAGAUAAGUUUGGUGUUUGUAUCUCCUUAAUAACCCUCUUUGUGGCACUGUGGUACCACUGAAUAUUUGUUUGAGAUAUGGUUUAAUGUUUGAUGAAGGAUUAAUGAGAUGCUUGCACCCUUAAUUCUAUGUUCUUAUGAUGCUUUAAUUCUUCAUUUUUCUUAAAAUAUCUGUGUUUGACAUAUUCUGCAUAUGUUUUGCCAUGGAUAUAAAAUAAUGGAAUCCUCCCAAUGCUCUCCAAAUAUAGAAAUCUUGAAAAAAAUUGAGGAUACCCCCUCCCCUCAGGCACUCACAGCCGAAUCUGCGUGCUCGUGCACUGUUUUGCUAUAAAAUCUGGCUAUUGAAUCUGAUAUUGAAGUUUCAUGGUCUCUUAUUGAUGGGGUAUUCAAGAUGUUCCCAUUCUGAACUCUCUCGCCUGGUUUUUGAGACACUUCCUAUUCCUAAUGUCUUCUGUUUCACAUCUAUAAUCAAUGGAUAUGCAGAAAACGGGAUGGGGAGAGAAGGUGUCAGUCUGUACGAAGCAAUGGUGCAUAAGGGUCUGAUACCAGAUGAAGUGACAUCUUUACGUCUUUUAAGUGGGUGUAAUCAUGCAGGGUUGGCCAAAGAGGGAAAGUUGGUCUGCUCUGUGAAACUGAAGAACAGACACCAGGAGGGGUCAAUUCUGUAAGCAGCAUAUGGAGUUGCAGGAAACGUGGUAUAUGACAAGUUUAACAUACUUGAAGAACUUGAAGACAUGGACAUUGCAGAAGAAGAUACAGACUUUCUUGAGUCCCCAUCUUGGACAAGUGAACAUGGUGGCAAGGUUCUUGUGAAUGUGGAUAGCUUUGGAGCAGUUGGAGAUGGAGUUUCUGAUGACACUCAGGCUUUUAGAAAAGCAUGGGACACAGCAUGCUCUACUCGAAAAUCAGUUUUAUUGGUUCCUCCUGGACGUCGUUAUUUAGUUAAUGCUACAAAGUUUAAGGGGCCAUGUGCAGAGAGGUUGAUUGUUCAGAUUGAUGGAACAAUAGUGGCCCCAGAUGAACCCAAGAAUUGGGACCCAGAUCUUCCUAGACUGUGGCUUGAUUUUUCUAAGCUGCAGGGAGUAGCAUUCCGAGGAAAAGGAGUUAUCGAUGGAUCAGGCAGCAAAUGGUGGGCAGCUUCUUGCAAAAAGAACAAGUCAAAUCCUUGCAGAGGGGCACCGACAGCACUGACUAUAGAUUCAAGCUCAUCUAUUAAGGUGAAAGGCCUUACUAUUCAGAACAGCCAACAGAUGAAUUUCGUCAUUUCAAAGUCUGAAGCUGUUCGAGUAUUUGGUGUUAAAGUCACAUGUCCUGGAGACAGUCCAAACACUGAUGGAAUCCACAUCACUAAAUCAACUAAUAUUGUUCUUCAAGACUGCAAAAUAGGAACAGGUGAUGAUUGCAUCUCAAUUGUCAAUGGUUCAUCGACUAUCAAGAUGAAGAGAAUAUAUUGUGGACCAGGACAUGGAGUCAGCAUUGGAAGCCUCGGGGAGGAUAACUCGGUGGGCAUUGUCACAAACGUGGUCUUGGAUACAGCAUUACUCAGGGAGACUACGAAUGGUGUCAGGAUUAAAACUUGGCAGGGUGGUUCUGGUUAUGUUCGUGGUGUGCGUUUCGAAAAUGUGAGGAUGGAAGAUGUUGCUAACCCCAUCAUUAUUGAUCAAUUCUACUGUGAUUCACCAACAACCUGCCAAAACCAGACAUCAGCAGUGCAAGUAAGCCAGAUUGUAUACCGAAAUAUUAGUGGGACAACGAAAAGCAAGCAAGCAAUCAAGUUUGCCUGCAGUAAUACUGUUCCCUGUAGCAAUUUAGUCCUAAGCAAUGUAAACUUGGAGAAGAAAGAUGGCACAGUUGAGACCUACUGCAACUCUGCACAAGGCUUCGGCUACGGGCUUGUUCAUCCUUCAGCCGACUGCCUCAGUUCCCAAGACAAAGGCUUUAUUCUUAUUGACAGGAAAGACAAUGCUCAGCUUACCGAACCCACUGGAGAUCAUAUUAUUCACACUGAACUCUAAAGCUCCCUGUGGCAUAUGAAAAAUGAUGGCAUAGUAUUACUGCACCAAGAGCUAACUAGCACAGUUGAGGCCGGUGAGGUUUAAGUCACGAGUCAAAUUUUUAUUGGAAAUAGCAGAUGUCAUUAUUCUUAGGACUAUUAUUUGGAAAAGUGGCGGUGGAGAUAUUUAACUCCAUGAACGAAAUAAAAAUGCCUCAAUGUGUUUCACUUAUUUAUUUUUAAUUCUUUUUAAAUAUUAAGAACACAUGAUGUUUCUUAA